CUGCGACCACAGGCGACGCCGCCUGUCUUCGCCUGCCCCAACCUCAAUGUGUACGUGGUGGGCGCCGUGGGCCACCCGAAGGCGUCGGUCGUCCGCGUCGUCCACCUCUCGGACACUCGCGGCGCCCACGAGGCCUACGCCGCCAAUCUGCCGCGCGGACACAUUCUCAUCUACUCGGGCGACUUUGCCUCGGCCCCACCGGCCCGUCUCAGGAGCGCAUUAGUCGUCGCUGCUGCAGCCGCCGCCGCAGCCGCUGCUGCAGCCUGUUCGGCACGGAAGAGACGCGGCCGCUGCCGCGUCCGCCGCGGCCACUCGCCCGAUCGAUGCGCCGACACAAAAGUACACGCAGACGUGCAGGCCGAGGUCGACGCCGAUUGGCCAGACUGGCGUGAGCGGAUCAAAUCGAUCGACGCGUUCUUCGCGCGCCAGUCGCACCCGAUGAAGGUGUUCGUGCCCGGCUGCUGGGACGCCGGGCUGGGCGAGCGGCGGCCGUCGCGGGCCGACAUCCAACGCCUCCUGCCCUCAGCCGUCUACCUCGAGGACGACUGGUGCCGUGUGUUCGGCCUCAAAAUCUACGGCACUCCGUGGACGGCCGCCGACGACUUGCGGCCCGAGGACGGCGUCGGCCGCGUCUACGCUCGACUCGCCACGGCACUCAACUCGGCCAGUCCCAGCCUCUCCUGCUUCUCCGGUCGGACGCGCCAACAGUCGUCACGCUCCGCCUCCCCACCUCCAUCCCCCUCGGCAUCUGGAGCCGACGAGGCCGGCCCCUCUGGCGACGGAUGGCCGAAAGGCGCCGACGGAUUCGUACUGCCCACCGUCAAGGCCGUGGCUCUACGAUGGCAGCGCAUCCCCUCGGACACCAACAUUAUCGUCACGCACAUGCCGGCUUGGCGGCCCGAGCUGUACGGCCACAUCGCAGACCGUACUUCAUUUGUCGUAGGGACCUCGACUUCCCCCAGUAGUCUUGACGACCGGCCAAUUUCACGUCUGUGUUGUCUGUAUUUUCUUUUUUUGUCGUUCGGCCUUGUGCCUCCAAGUAGCAACGUCGUUCUUGCGUUUCGCUUGGCUUGUCGCCACCAUUGGCCUGGCCAGGUUUCCGACGAGAUUGUUCCCUCCCCCUCAUGCCACCCCAUCCUGCCGCAACCGACAACCACGUUCCUCUUGCGCUCGUCUCGGCCCCAUUUUGGUUGUCACACCCGUUUCGUGUGUCCAAACCAUGGCUCGACCAUGUCGACCAGACGUCCUGAAGACGACGGUUGA